AUGAAGUUCGCCUACCAAUUUCAGCAUUUAUGUGGCAGUGUUUACUCGCAGGGGAAUGUAAUCUUUACACCUGAUGGAAAUUCAGUACUUAGUCCUGUUGGUAAUCGCAUUACUCAAUUUGAUCUCCUCAAUAAUACGUCCCGAACUUUUGCCUUUGAAGCGCGCAAGAAUGUCGAAUGUAUUGCUGUAUCCCAUAACUCGAGGCUACUGCUUGCUGUGGAUGAAGAUGGUCGUUGUCUGCUGGUCAAUUUGAAGCGUGGUGCUGUGCUUUAUCGUUUCCACUUCAAGCAGCCGGUACGAGCAUUAAACUUUAGUCCAGACGAUCGCUAUAUUGCGGUCGCCAUUGGCAGUAAAGUGCAAUUAUGGCGCACGCCAGGACUCGUGCGUGAGUUUGCACCUUUUGUGCUGCAUCGCACGUAUACUGGUCACUAUGCCGACGUCGUGAGUGUGUCGUGGUCACAUGAUGCCUUGUUUUUUGUCACGGGAGCAGAGGAUUUGUCGGCUCGAGUAUUUUCGGUGGAUCCGUACCCGGGAUUUAAGCCAUUGACGCUGUCUGGGCACCGCGAUGUGGUGGUGGGUGCGUACUUUGCGCGUGAUGACAGAUCGAUUUUCACGGUUGGACGAGAUGGUGGCGCAUUCGAGUGGAAAUACAAACUUCCUGAUGUUGAGAUGGUUGAACGAACCUCUGAUGAGAGCGAGAAAGAAGACAGCGAGGCUGAGGCUGGAGAAGAAGCAGACGUGAAAGAAAGUGAGGGUAGCAAUAAUGAAAGCGAAAGUGAUGAUAACGCGACGGACAAGAAGCGGAAACGUAAAGUGCUGAAGGAGCAAAAGAAAGCUGUUCCGGACAUUGUGCGAGCCAUCAAAUGGUACACUUGCCAAAAGCACGUGCUCAAAAUGGACUUUGCCAAGGUUUUGUGUUGCACGUACCACUCCUCGACAGGCAUGCUAGUGGUGGGCUUUGGUAACGGUACGUUCGGUUUGUACGAACUACCCGCGUUUGUGAAUAUUCACACACUGAGUGUCACGCAGAACCAACUGGAAACGGUGGCAGUGAAUGCUACCGGCGAGUGGCUGGCCUUUGCAUCGCGCAAGCUUGGCCAGUUGCUGGUAUGGGAGUGGCGCUCUGAGACGUAUGUGCUUAAGCAACAGGGACAUUAUUUCGACCUCAAUGCAGCUAGCUACUCGCCCGACGGGCGGCUGCUGGCAUCAGGUGCUGACGAUGCUAAACUCAAGCUUUGGGAUACAAACAGCGGAUUUUGCUACGUUACCUUCACAGAGCACUCCGCUCCUGUUACAGCUGUGCAGUUCACUCCCUCUGGGCAAGCUGUUUUAAGUGCGUCAUUAGAUGGCACUGUUCGUGCGUUUGAUUUGAACCGGUACAAGAACUUUCGCGUCCUCACAACACCAGAGCCCACACAGUUUCUGUCCCUUGCGCUUGACCCCAGUGGACAGGUUGUGUGUGCUGGAUCGAUGGACCCGUUUAACGUGUACGUUUGGUCGCUGCAGACUGGACGUCUCACGGAUGUCCUCAGCGGUCAUAGCGGACCCGUGACGUCGCUUUCAUUUUCACCUUCGGCCUCCGCUGAGCCUAUUCUCGCAUCGGCUUCGUGGGAUCAUACAGUGCGCCUUUGGAACCUGUUUGCUAGCAAGAAAAGCUUCAUCGAGCCCCUUGCUCACCCGACGGACGUGCUGGCUGUGGCAUUCCAUCCGGAUGGCAAGCAGCUUGCUUCCACGACGCUAAAUGGUGCAAUUAACAUCUGGGACGUGAAGGAAGGUGAACAAAUUGGCACGAUUGACGGGAUGCGCGAUAUUGCAGGUGGUCGCAAGGAUGGUGACCACAUCACGGCUGCUAACAACCAGCUUACUAAGCAUUUCACAAGCGUUUGUUACUCGGCUGACGGUUCGCUUCUUCUUGCCGGUGGACGCUCCAAGUUCGUUUGUAUCUACGCCGUGGAGCCCCAAAUUUUGCUAAAAAAAUUCCAGAUCUCACACAAUUUGUCCCUAGACGGCAUCCUGGAAAAGCUUAACACUAAGAACAUUACAGAGAGCGGUCUCAGCAAGAAUGAGCUAGACGCUCAUCUAGAUGAUUCAGAGGCUUCAGGCCGCAACGGUGGUGCUGACCUUGUGGGUGCUAAGCGUGCUGUUGAUCCGGGAAGCCGCCGCAAGAAUAUGGAGGUGCUGUCGAAGGCUGUACUCUUUUCCCCCACCGGUCGAGCUUGGGCUGCCGCGACCACGGAAGGCCUGCUUAUCUAUGGUCUAGACGAGAGUCUGGCCUUUGACCCGUUUGAGCUAGACGAGGAUAUUACUCCCGAAACUAUCACGCGGACGCUGGCGCGGCGCGAAUACGCUCGCGCCUUGGUGAUGGCGUUGCACCUAAAUGAGGAGCCGCUCAUCGCUCGAUGUGUAGAGGGUGUUCCGCUCGCUAGUAUUUCGCUUGUGGCACAGACGCUGCGUGGCGAGAUGUACCUGCAACGGCUGCUGCAGCUGCUGGCCAAGCGUAUGGAAAGCAGCCCGCACCUUGAGUUCUACCUUCAAUGGAGUCUAGCUGUGCUUAAUACGCAUGGCCAGACCCUGCGUGACGAUCCAUCCAGUAGCGCUACGUGCCUGCCUACCCUUCGUUCACUGCAGAAAAGUAUUGCGCGUCAUUUGCAGGACCUUGCCAAGAUUUGCGAUGAUAACCAGUUUACGCUCAGCUACCUCAAAACCCUCAGCAAAAUGCAGCAAACCCAAUAG